AUGCCACGCAACUCUAGACACGGCAGCCUCUGGACAGGCCUUACAUGUUUGCUCACUCUUCAAUCGCAAUUGCCUGUUGCGAGCGCGCAGGUCGCUGAGAUCGAAAAGGCCAGCAAUGACAGCUUGCUCUGGGGCCCGUACAGGCCGAACCUGUACUUUGGCGUCCGGCCACGCAUACCAAAGAGUUUGAUGGGCGGUCUGCUGUGGACGAGAGUGGAGGAUUACCAGACGGUACAGAACACAUUCCGACACACGUGUGAACAGCACGAGCUCGAUGGCUACGGCUGGGAUGAAUACGACGUCCGCAGCGGUGGCCGCCAGACGAUCCACGACCCUGCCAACCGCAUCGAUAUCACCACCGAGUUCGUAAAAUUCCCCGGUGGAGAGCACGGCGGCAGCUGGGGCGCCAGGAUCAAGGGCACACCGCGCGAGGAUGCAUCGCCCGACCUGACCACAACCGUCAUCUGGUACAACACCCUCGAGGGCCUCGGCAGCUUGGAGGUCGAGGAUCCGAACAGAGACGAGACUGGCAUCCCUGGCGACGUCGUCUUCAAGGGCCAGACCGCAGAGCUAGGCGAUUUCGAGUUGAGGGUCACUGAGGGCAAAGGAGCACACCCGCACUUCGACCACCCCAGCUACGACGAGAAGCCGCUGGACAGGACGCUGGUGCACAGUGGACAGGUGCCCGACGACGCGUUGUGGCAGAUCAAGGCCGUUCUCUUCGCCCACAUGAAGAGCCAGAUCGAUGAACUGGUACCCAAGUACGGCCAAGAGAACCCGCCUCCACCUGCGCAGGUCUACACCAUCCAGCACCAGCCGGGAGCUGGCAACAUCCACAUGGUCCAGAAGGUGUUCGAUGGCGCCUUCGAGUUCGACAUCAUCUUCUCGUCUGGCUCUGCGCCUGCCAAGAUUACCGCCGACGACAUGACCGAGCAGAUCAAGUCUGUUACCUCAGGCUUCGCGACCCGCUUCACCGACAUCUUCAAGCCGCAAGCCCCGUUUCUGAAGGAACGCUACACUGAAUUCUCCAAGUCGCUGUUCUCGAACUUGAUCGGUGGCAUUGGCUACUUCUAUGGCGACUCUCGUGUUGACCGCUCGUACGACGAGGCUUACGAGGAAGACAACGAAGGAUUCUGGGAAGAUGCUGCUGAAGCACGUGGCAGAAACGAGGCUCAGAGUGUUGGACCGAACGAACUAUUCACCAGCAUCCCCUCUCGACCAUUCUUUCCUCGCGGCUUCCUUUGGGACGAAGGCUUCCAUCUGCUUCCUGUCAUCGACUGGGAUGUUGAUACCACACUUGACAUCAUCAAGAGCUGGUUCAAGCUCAUGGACGAGGACGGCUGGAUUGGUCGUGAGCAAAUCCUUGGACCUGAGGCUCGCAGCAAAGUACCUGCAGAGUUCCAGGUGCAGUAUCCUCACUACGCAAACCCCCCAACCUUGUUCAUGGUCAUCAACUCCUUCCUCGACAAGCUCGAUGCGCAGAAGACCGACUCAGACAACAAGAAGCUACUGCAUGAGAAAUCUUACUACAUGCACCUUGCGAACCGCGAGGCCGCACUGCAGUACCUCCGCGAGUUGUACCCACUCCUCAAGCGCCACUACUUCUGGUUCCGUAAGACACAGGCAGGCGACAUUAAGAGCUAUGAUCGCGAGGCCUUCUCCUCCAAGGAAGGCUACCGUUGGAGGGGACGCACACCGCAGCAUAUCCUGACCUCUGGUCUUGACGACUACCCUCGCGCUCAGCCACCGCACCCUGGUGAGCUGCACGUCGAUCUCAUCAGCUGGAUGGGUAUGAUGACGCGCGCUAUCAAGCGUGUUGCGAUUUAUCUCGACGAAGAGGAUGAUGCGGCUGAGUUCGCAAAGUACGACGAGGCUAUCGUUCGCAAUAUUGACGACCUACACUGGUCCAGCAAGGAGAAGGCCUACUGCGAUGCUACUAUCGACGAUUACGAGGAGAACGCACAUGUAUGCCACAAGGGCUACGUCUCUCUCUUCCCCUUCUUGACUGGUCUUGUCGACAAGGACAGCAAGCACCUUGGCGCCAUUCUGGACUUGAUUGGCGACGAGGACCACCUGUGGUCUGAGUAUGGUCUCAGGAGUCUGAGCAAGAGCGACGAGCUGUAUCACACUGGCGAGGACUACUGGCGUGGCCCGAUCUGGAUGAACAUGAACUACUUAGCUGUGCAGCGCCUUUUGAAUGUUGCACAGGCAAAGGGACCGCACCAGAAGCGCGCAAAGCAGCUAUACACAGACCUCCGCAAGAACCUCGUCAACACCGUUUACGAGAGCUGGAAGGAGACAGGCUUUGCCUGGGAGCAGUACAACCCGGAGACGGGCAAGGGACAGAGGACCCAGCAUUUCACUGGCUGGACGAGCUUGGUUGUCAAGAUCAUGGCCAUGCCGGACUUGAGCGGAGAGACCGUCAGGGACGAGUUGUAA